GUCUCCCCCUAUCCCCUGUGGAUGGAGUGGUGCACUCCAUGCUCCUUUUUUUUGCCAGUGCAUGGGUGAAAUGCUCGCAAAGCCGGAGUGAGCAGGCACUUUGGCGUCAUGUUAAACUGCGGCGCUCUCAACUUUCAUCUUACACAGAGCUAAAGGGAAACACUGUAACCAGGAACCCCGGCGCAGCUAACCAUGAUCUGACCAUCUCUCCGUCUGCUGAGGCUUUGCUUUUGUUUUUUUUCCAAAAAAGCAUUAGAGAGACAUUUUGUUCCUUUCUCAUAAUAAAUACAUAUAAAAUAAUUUUUAAGUAGUUCUGGCUAAAUCGACACAAAUCUCCAGGAGUGAGGCAAGAUCAGAAUGCAGCGUGUCACGCUGCUAUUUGGCUUCCUGGCUGUUACUGUGUCUCCAACCCAAGGUGUGACAGGAUCAGGAGGCAGUGAAUGCUCGUGUGGCAGAAAUCAUUUCACUUGUGCAGUGAGUGCCUUUGGUGAAUGCACCUGCAUACCGGCCCAAUGGCAAUGUGAUGGGGACAAUGACUGUGGUGACCACAGUGAUGAAGAUGGCUGCAUGCUGCCGACUUGCUCCCCUCUGGAAUUCCAUUGUGACAAUGGCAAAUGCAUUCGGCGUUCCUGGGUCUGUGAUGGUGACAACGACUGCGGGGAUGAUUCCGAUGAGCAGGAUUGUCCACCUCGAGAGUGUGAGGAGGAUGAAUUUCACUGCCAGAAUGGUUACUGUAUACGCAGUCUGUGGCACUGUGAUGGAGACAAUGACUGUGGAGACAACAGUGAUGAACAGUGUGACAUGAGGAAAUGUUCCGACAAAGAAUUUCGUUGCAAUGAUGGUAGUUGCAUUGCAGAACACUGGUAUUGUGAUGGAGACACAGAUUGUAAAGAUGGUUCAGAUGAAGAAGGCUGUCCUGCUGACGUUCCUGUUACCAAUUGCAGUGUCGAGGAGUUUCAAUGUGCUUAUGGCCGUUGUAUUCUCGAUAUAUACCAUUGUGAUGGCGAUGAUGAUUGUGGAGACUGGUCUGAUGAGUCAGACUGUGCAUCCCAUCACCCCUGUCGAUCAGGUGAAUUUCUCUGCAACAGUGGGCUCUGCAUCAACGCUGGCUGGAGAUGUGAUGGUGACUUUGACUGUGACGAUCAGUCCGACGAGAAAAAUUGCACUGCCUCACAGUGUACCACAGACCAGUUCCGCUGCAGGUCAGGCCGUUGCAUCCGGUUGUCUUGGCGAUGUGAUGGAGAGGACGAUUGCUCUGACAACAGCGAUGAGGAAGACUGUGAGAAAACAGAACUCCCACACUGUGCUCCAGAUCAGUUCACAUGUGGCACUGGGCGCUGCAUUGGGCAACGGAAAGUGUGCAAUGGUGCCAAGGAUUGCCAAGAUGGCAGCGAUGAGAUCCCACAUCAGAAUUGCCGUGAACCUUCUGAGGGGGAAAGCUGCAGUGUGGACAAUGGUGGGUGUGCACACAAGUGUCAGCAAGUUCGAGGUAUUGUCCAGUGCACAUGUCACACAGGCUAUCGAUUAAUGGCGAAUGGAAAGCUGUGCCAAGACAUUAAUGAGUGUGCUGAGGAUGGAUACUGCAGCCAAGGCUGUACCAAUUUGGAUGGAGGAUUCCAGUGCUGGUGUGUACAGGGUUAUGAACUACGUCCUGACAAGCGAGGCUGCAAAGCACUUGGGCCAGAACCAGUGUUGCUGUUUGCAAAUCGCAUUGAUAUUCGCCAGGUACUUCCCCGACGGUCAGAGUACACACUCCUCCUCAACAACUUGGAGAAUGCCAUUGCCCUGGACUUCCACCACAACAAGGAGCUUGUGUUCUGGUCAGAUGUGACCCUGGACCGCAUUAUGAAAGCCAAUCUGAAUGGGAGUAAUGUGGAGGAAGUGGUGUCAACAGGUCUGGAGAGUCCGGGUGGGCUGGCCAUUGAUUGGAUCCAUAACAAGUUAUACUGGACUGAUUCUGGGACAUCGCGUAUCGAGGUCUCUAAUCUGGAUGGAACACAGAGAAAAGUACUUUUGUGGCAAAAUUUGGAGAAACCCCGAGCCAUCGCAUUACAUCCAAUGGAGGGAACUAUUUAUUGGACAGACUGGGGUAACACCCCCCGGAUAGAAUAUGCAGCCAUGGAUGGUUCUAACCGCAAAAUCAUUGCAGAUACUCAUCUCUUCUGGCCAAAUGGGCUCACCAUUGACUAUGCAGGACAAAAGAUGUACUGGGUAGAUGCCAAACAUCAUGUGAUCGAGCGUGCAGACCUUGAUGGUCAGAACAGAAAAGCAGUGAUCAGCCAAGGCCUCCCUCAUCCCUUUGCCAUCACGGUGUUUGAAGACAGUCUAUACUGGACAGACUGGCACACCAAAAGCAUCAACAGUGCCAACAAGUUUACUGGGAAAAACCAGGAGAUUAUCCGCAAUAAACUACAUUUCCCAAUGGAUAUCCAUACACUCCAUCCACAGAGACAGCCAGCAGCAGGGAGAAAUCGCUGUGGGACCAACAAUGGAGGGUGUAGCCACCUUUGCCUGCCCAGCAGUGCCAAUUACACCUGUGCCUGCCCGACUGGUUUCAAGAAAGUCGAUGACUACAAUUGUGCUGGAAGUCUUGACAAGUUCCUGCUUUUUGCUCGAAGGACGGACAUCCGUCGCAUCAGCUUUGACACUGAGGACAAGUCUGACGAUGUCAUUCCACUGGCUGAUGUGCGCAGUGCUGUUGCACUUGACUGGGAUGCCAAAGGGGAAUACAUUUAUUGGACAGAUGUCACUACUGACUCUAUCAACAGGGCUAAAUGGGAUGGAACACAGCAGGAGGCUAUCACUGUCACUAGUCUGGAAAGUCCUGCAGGACUGGCUGUUGACUGGGUGACAAACAAACUUUACUGGACGGACGCAGGCACUGACAGAAUCGAGGCCUCAAACUUAGAUGGCAGCAUGCGCACAGUCCUUAUCUGGGAGAACCUGGAUAGACCCAGGGAUAUUGUGGUGGAUCCAAUUGGAGGGUACAUGUAUUGGACAGACUGGGGAGCCAAUCCUAAAAUAGAACGUGCAGGGCUGGACGCCUCUGAGCGGACAGUCAUUAUCUCCUCCAAUCUCACUUGGCCUAACGGCUUAGCGGUGGACUAUGAGACUGAGAGGUUGUAUUGGGCCGAUGCAGGCAUGAAGACAAUUGAGUACGCCAACCUGAACGGGACUGAAAGGAGGGUCCUGAUUGGCAGUCAAUUACCUCACCCUUUUGGCUUGACUCUGCAUGAAGAUAAGAUUUACUGGACCGACUGGCAAUCAAAGAGUAUUCAGAGUGCAGAUAAAAACAGUGGCCUGGGAAGAGUGGUGCUGCGAGAGAACCUGGAAAAUCUGAUGGAUAUUCACAUGUUCCAUCGCCAUAGAACACCAGUGGCAUCCAUGUGUAAAAUUGACAACGGUGGCUGCAGUCACCUCUGCCUUCUCGCUCCGUUGCCCAAGGCAUACCACUGUGGGUGCCCCACAGGUAUAAACCUCCUCACAGAUGGCAAAACCUGUGCACCUGGUAUGACCAGUUUCCUCAUAUUUGCACGGAGAACAGAUAUCCGGAUGGUGUCCCUUGAUAUUCCUUACUUUGCCGACGUGGUGGUGCCUGUCAAUAGAUCAAUGAAAAAUACAAUUGCUAUUGGCGUUGAUCCUAAACAAGGGAAGGUGUAUUGGUCAGACAGCACGCUGAAUAAAAUCAGCAGAGCCAAUCUGAACGGAUCCCAACAGGAAGACAUUGUAACAACAGGGUUAAUGACGACCGAUGGAUUGGCUGUGGAUAUCAUAGGUCGUAAAAUAUACUGGACAGAUACAGGGACAAACCGCAUUGAAGUUGCUAAUUUGGAUGGAACAAUGAGGAAAGUUCUGAUCUGGCAGAAUUUGGACAGUCCAAGAGCCAUUGCUCUUCAUCAUGAGAAAGGGUUCAUGUACUGGACAGACUGGGGGGAGCAUGCCAAGUUGGAGCGUGCUGCAAUGGAUGGAUCAGACAGAAUGGUUCUUAUCAAUAGUAACCUGGGAUGGCCAAAUGGUUUAGUCAUUGACAAAGAGGGUUCCCGGCUCCUGUGGGCAGAUGCACACACUGAGCGCAUUGAGGCAGCAGACCUGAAUGGUGUGAACCGUCGUACUCUGGUCACACCUGUUCAGCACCCUUAUGGCCUGACUCUGCUCGAUUCUCACAUUUACUGGACAGACUGGCAAACGCGAAGCAUCCAGCGAGCAGACAAGAACACAGGCAGUGACAUAAUUACAGUGCGUGGAAACUUGCCUGGGCUCAUGGACAUUCAAGCUGUUGACCGAACUCGACCUGUCGGAUUUAACAAAUGUAGUGUCAGGAGCGGGGGCUGCAGCCAUCUCUGUCUCCCACGCCCCGGUGGUAUCACGUGCGCGUGUCCGACAGGAAUCCAGAUGAAAAAUGACGGGAGAACCUGUGACAAUGCUCCCGAGACCUAUCUCCUCUUUUCUAGUCGUGGCAGCAUUCGCAGAAUUUCUUUGGACACAACUGAUUACACAGACGUGCACGUUCCAGUUCCUGAGUUGCACAAUGUCAUUUCCCUGGAUUAUGACAGUGUGGAGAUGAAGGUUUAUUAUACAGAUGUCUACCUAGAUGUGAUCAGAAGUGCCAAUCUGAAUGGCAGUGGCAUGAUGACGGUCAUUGGUCAGGGUUUAAAAACGACUGAUGGUUUGGCCAUUGACUGGGUAGCAAGGAACCUCUACUGGACAGACACUGGCAGGAACACGAUUGAAGUGUCUUGGCUCAAUGGAAGCUGCCGGAAGGUACUAAUCAACAACAGCCUGGAUGAACCAAGGGCGAUUGCUGUAUUUCCUAGGAAAGGGUAUCUGUUCUGGACAGACUGGGGAAAUCUUGCCAAAAUCGAGCGUGCGCAGUUGGAUGGCACAGAUCGGAAAGUUCUCAUUAAUACAGAUUUGGGUUGGCCAAAUGGGCUAACCUUAGAUUAUGACUCAAGAAGGAUUUACUGGGUGGAUGCUCACUUGGAUAGAAUUGAGAGUUGUGAUUUGAAUGGAAAACUGCGCCAAGUUCUGGUUGGCCAAGUCAUACAUCCCUUUGCCUUAACUCAGCAUGAUCGCUGGAUUUACUGGACAGACUGGCAAACUAAAUCAGUCCAGCGUGUGGACAAAUACACAGGUCGGAACAAGGAAACCAUCCUUGCUAAUGUGGAGGGACUGAUGGACAUUAUUGUGGUCUCCCCACAAAGGCAAACAGGCACCAACUCAUGUGGUGUGAAUAAUGGAGGAUGCACACAUCUUUGCUUUGCCAGGGCAACAGACUUUGUGUGUGACUGUCCAGAUGAGCCAGAUGGACGACUGUGCUCUGUGGUUCCUGGAUAUGUGCCUCCGUUUCCAGAAACCACCCAUUCCAGUGAGAAAGCUGAUGCUGGAGGCCCGCGUAGGAACAUUGACUUUUUCCCUGCAAAGCCCACAGAUCCUGUUGAGAACAUAAAUGAGAAUUGUUCUCAGAAAGAUACAAGUCAAGGUCUCUGCGAGGAGAGUGUAAACGAAGUGUUGCCUGCAAUAAAUGGUGAAGGAUUGCACAUAAGUUACAUUGUUGGAGCGGUCUUGUCAAUAUUGGCAAUCCUGAUUCUCAUAGUUGCAGUCAUUAUAUACAGGCAUAAAAAAUCAAAGUUUAAUGAUCCAGUUGUGAGCAACUUAACCUACAGCAACCCGUCAUACCGUACAUCUACACAGGAAGUGAAAAUUGAAACUAUUCAGAAACCAGCGAUAUAUAAUCAGCUCCGAUAUAAAAAAGAGACUGCUUCAGAUAACAGUUACACAAAAGGAAAGAUAAAAAUUGUUGAAGGCAUCUGCUUGCUGUCAAACGAUGACAUGUAUUGGGAUGACUUGAAACAACUCAAGACCAUGCGAGGUGGAAUUCUUCGUGAUCAUGUUUGCAUGAAGGCAGAAACACUGUCUAUCCAGGGCAGCACAGACUCACUUGGUGACACAGAGACAGAACAACUGCUACAGGACGAACCACUGUCCGAAUGCAGCAGUGUAAACACAAGCUCACAGGAAAGAAGCAGUCUCCCCUUACCUGACACUGGCUGGAAGCACAAUCGCAAACCCUCAACUGAAAGUGAGGUCUGAUCAGAAAUAGCUUCUUCUUUCUUUCCCUUGUGUUCCACUUUAAAUAUGUUUCUAUGGCAACCUCAGAUAGUGACUGAGCAUGCUGCAGACAGUGUGAGGAUGCGGACUUUUCUUAAAAAAAAUACACAACUCAACUGAGAACUAAGUGGCACUACAAGCUGUCACCCUGGAAGACAACUCGUUACAUAAGACUGGAUAAAGGCCAAGGGAUCAUGCUCUCUUUUAAUAUUUCCAAAAUGUCUGAUGCAUAUUAACCGAUUUCUUUGUCAGAUUUACUUGAAGUGUCUGGUUUAAGCAUGAAUGUACAGAUGGUUAUCUGUAGCAUGUGGUGGCCUACUUUUCUACUGUAGAGGAUUCUGCUAUUAAAAUGGAUGUAAUUCUGUAAGUGGAGCAAAGUAAUCUUUUUUCACACUGUCUGUAGGCCUCAAAUUUCUGGGUCUUUUGAGGGACAGUAUGAAAUUCCUUGUAGUCUCAGGUAAGACUUCCGUACAGGAGGGAGAAUAUUAAAAAGAAAUAUAUAAUUAACCCUUUCAUCCUCAUUUUGACAUUCAGUCACAACUGAAGUUCUAAAUGUGCCCCGAAUCUCACUUAUCCAGGACCUUUGAAAAGUGCAGAAAGAAAUUGGCAAACAAUUGUACAGAACAAGCUGCAUUCACCCUCCAAGUAUAUGUCUAAGCACUGAUUUGCAAUUAAGAUGCUAAUUUUGUAAUUUGUCAAAUUUGCGGCCUUCAGUGAUUAUUAACUAUACUAACUCAUGAGCUAUCGAGUUAUUUCUGCUUGUAACCACUAUGUACGUUUGGAUGAAAUGUUUAAAUAUUUCAACUAGUUACAUUAAAUAGUUUAUAAAUGUGGUACAGAGGGCCCAGUAUACAGGCUACAAAUGUGUACCAGAAUUUAACUUUUUCUUUCAGACCUGAACAUGUCAGUGCUAUUUUGUGUUACUAAAUGGCAAAGCAAAGCAAUUUAAACCGGAGUGAAGUUAUUAAUAGGAAGCAGACAAUGAUAUUAUAAGUAAGUGAUGUGAGGGAGAGAUUACUAAUUUGAAUUUACAUUGAAUUUCAGUGACAAGGACUCUUAAGAUUAUUGGUGGAGAAAACUAAACCACCUUUUAAAAUUUCCAAAUAAAAUUCAAGUCUCA